AUGCCGUUUUCCCUGGAUAAACUGAGUGAAGUGACUAGGUAUGUUUAUCCCGGAUCGUUCAUGACCAAGUGCGACGACAAGUCCGGGUAUGAUCACGUGAUGUUGACAGAGUCCUCGCAAUCAUACUUUGGGUUUAGUUUUGGUGGCCUGUGGUUUGUUUGUACGACUCUUCCGUUCGGAUGGAAAAUCUCCCCUUAUGUUUAUCAUACCAUUGGUCUGGCCGCCACAGGUUUCUUGAGAGCUCAAGGGAUUCCUUGUUCUCUCUAUAUAGACGAUCGCUUAAAUGGAGAGCUUUUGCGACCGACUGGGUCUUGGUCCAUAUUACCAGCGGACAGAUCUUUGCAGUUCAGGUUGCUGACAGCUACAGGUGCCAUAUUCGUUGUCCUUUCUGUGUUGGUUGAUCUCGGUUAUACCAUUGGUAUCAAGAAGUCGGUUCUUGUGCCGGUCACAUCCCUGGGGUAUUUGGGUCUGAUCGUGGAUUCCGUUCGACAAUCGUUUUUGGUGCCGCGCCGUAAGAUUGAGUCCUGGGCCUUAAUUAGGGAGAAAAUUCUUGCCUGCAAGAAAACUGUUUGGAUCAAAACUUUACAACGAUUUCAGGGGAAAUGCAUAUCUUUCUCUUUGGCUGUUCCAGCCGCGAAAUUGUUCAUUAGAGAAAUGAGUAGAGCGAUCGCUUCUGGCUUGGAUGAUGGGCAAGUGUCUAUGACCGACGCUUUGAGGGAGGAAAUUUCGCAUUGGCGUUACCUUGACGACUGGAAGGACACUCUUCCGUGGAGAGACGAGAAGCAUGUGCGUAUUGCGAUUUCUACCGAUGCGUCCGGUUAUGGGUGGGGUUGUGCGGUUCAUUCACCUUCGGAUGAUCAGAUUUUUCGAGAUUAUUGGAGUCAAGAGGAACUGUGUCUCGAUAUUUCUACAAAGGAAAUGUUAGCUUUGUUGUAUGCUAUUAAAGCUCUUCCUGACGGAAUUAAGGAUUGCCGAAUUGAUGCUUCUAUUGACAGUAUGGCAGUAUUAGGUGCGUGGCAGGGGUCUGGCAGUAGGAGAUCCCCCAGUUAA